AUGGAAAAUGGCAAAAAAUGUGCAAACAUCAAACGUAUUAUUUUAUGCGGAGUUUUGACUGUCUUGGCCAUUAUAACUGGUUGGCUGAUCUACGCUUAUUUUAACUAUCAAACUCCUUCUGAAGAUCAUCACUUUAUCCCAGUUCCCCAAGAAAUAGACGAAUUUACCCGCCAAUUAUAUAAACUGGAAUUGAAGCAUAAUCCUUAUUUAAUUAAAGUAAAUUUUCAGGGUAAAACUGAUACUAGCGCUACAGAUGAUGUGGCACCACAACCUCUUUUACAGGUUAAUGAAACAGCUUUAUCAUUGCCUAACUUAAAAACCACUUUACUAUUACGUCGUUUAUAUGAUAACUAUGAAUUAUUCACAUAUCAGAAUGAGGAUAUAACUUCCGAGGAAAGAGAGGAAGAAAUGGAUUUCCUAAAAGCUAUACUUGAUACUGCCAUUAUGAAGCAGACAAUGGAGUUUUUGAAAUCCAAGGAUGUUGUUACCAACAAUACCGACAGCCACUUGGAGCUGUUAAAAACCCUAUGGUUUUAUCCCUACUCACGCAAGCCAGGUGAUAAAGUAUUAAGCAGCACUGGAUUUGAACAUGUAUUCUUAGGAGAGAUACGCAAAAAAACUGUGCUUGGCUUACACAAUUGGGUGUAUUUUAGUGAUCAGGAGCGUUUGGGCCACAUGGAUUAUAAAGGCUAUAUUGAGAAAGAGAGUCUGGCCGAGGGCUAUCAGUAUAUUGUGACCUUUCGUUCGCAAUUUUACAAUAAAUCAAAGCCCUAUAAUGGUAUUUUUGUGGGCACAAGUCCAGAACUAGAAAUGAGUUUGUAUACAGUGUGUUUUGUACUCCGUGGUGGUAAAUCAUGUCCUGUGCAGUUGGGCGAUUUAAAAUUUAAAAUCGUAACUUGGCCUUUAGUUCAGGAUGGUAAGAAAACUAUUGGUUCGGCGUAUCCUUCAUUAAAGUGAUUUAAGGAAGGAGUUGAAGUAAAGGCAAAUUGAUAAAAAUUAGAUAAUAUAAAUUCUGAGCAUAAUUUGUAAUA